UCCCUGUGUUUUAUUGGCCGAGAGUGCCUGAGCUCUCACGUGGAGAGAAAUCUAACAUGGCUCCCGAGCGUGGAGAUACAGGUCAAGCUUUGCCAUCUCUGAAGAAUUUAACCUUAAAGAACUAUGGCAGACUGUCAGACACCCAGAAACAGUCGAUCCAAGACCUUGUCCGUCCUCACAUUGAGUCGUUUAACUUUAUGUUGGAAGAAGGUUUACCCUUAGCAGCUCAGAGCAUACCCCCCAGUGAAUUUAUGACCGCAAAUGGCCAGAAAGUGUCCCUUUAUUUAACUGAUGCAACCAUUGGAAUACCCACUGUCUCAGAAAAGAACAUCCACACAACACAGAUGAAAGUUUUCCCUACAGAGUGCCGAGAGAAGGGAUCAACCUACUGUUCAAAGCUACAAGUGACUUUACAGUGGAAGAUUGAUAACGUGCCACAGGGUAGUGUUACCAAAGUCAUUGCAGCAAUACCACUUAUGGUUAAGUCAAAUAACUGCUCUUUGGCCAAUCUUUCACCAAAAGAGCUUGUCAGGAAAAAUGAAGAAUCACAGGAAGCUGGAGGAUACUUUAUUGUCAACGGAAUUGAAAAGAUCAUUAGGAUGCUUAUCUUGCCAAGAAGGAACUAUCCAUUGGCCAUUAUUAGGCCUUCUUGGAAGGGAAGAGGCUCAUUUUAUACUGAAUAUGGAGUGCAAAUGAGAUCAGUCAAGGGAGAUCAGAGUGCUGUGAACAUGACUCUUCAUUACUUGAAUGAUGGCAAUGUGAUGAUGUGUAUAGCCUAUCGGAAGGAGCUUUACUAUGUUCCGGUGGUAUUUAUACUCAAGGCAUUAAUGAAUGUGACGGAUCAACACAUUUAUAGAGAGCUUAUCAAAGCUGAGGAAAACAAUACAUUUUGGAAAGAUUGUGUAGCUAUGAUGCUGCGGACGGCACAAGAGGAGGGUGCUGUGAAUCAGAAGAGUGUUCUUGAGUACAUCGGGUUGAGGUUUAGAGUGAAGAUGAGACUUCCAGAUUGGUUUUCUGAUGAGGCAGUGGCACAGUACCUAAUUCAGCAGUGUAUUUGCAUUCAUUUAGAUACCAAUGCGGACAAAUUCAAUUUACUUAUUCUGAUGACCCGCAAGUUGUAUGCACUAGCCCUUGAGAAAUGCUGUGCAGAAUCAGCUGACAGCCCCAUGAACCAAGAGGUCCUACUGGGUGGCCACCUGUAUCUGAUGGUUCUUAAGGAAAAACUGGAGAUGAUGCUCCAAGUUGUUGGCUCCAGUCUUGAAAAGGCAUCUAAAAACAAGCCUCAUGACUUCAAUGUCAAUUCAGCCUCCAUUCUACAAGCGGUGCAGCAUGCCCCAAGUAUCUCUCAUCAGAUGGAGUACUUUUUGGCCACAGGCAACUUGAUAUCCAAGUCAGGUCUAGCAUUACAACAGAUAUCUGGGUUUACUGUGGUGGCGGAUAGGCUGAAUUACUUCCGAUUCCUAUCUCACUUCCGGUGCAUCCAUAGAGGAGCUUUCUUUUCCCAAAUGAGAACAACAUCUGUCAGGAAGCUUUUGCCUGAGGCUUGGGGGUUUCUGUGCCCUGUCCACACACCCGAUGGUGCACCCUGUGGCCUGCUGAAUCAUUUAGCUGCUGGUUGUCAGGUUGUGAAUGUGGUACCUCUAGUAGCCCACAUGCUACGACUGCUAUGCACCAUGGGAAUGAUUCCAGUUGAUGCUCCAGUUCCUGGUGACUAUAAGAAUUAUUAUCCUGUGGUGAUGGACGGCCGUGUCCUAGGGAGUGUCGACAGAGAUCUGGCACCAACUCUUGCUAAUCGUUUGAGGAUAAUGAAAGUCUUGGGAGAGGAAAGGGUGCCACAAUUUCUAGAGAUCUGUCUGGUCCCUAUAACAAAGGUCGCUAGUCAGUACCCAGGACUAUUUAUCUUCAGUUCGCCUGCCAGGAUGAUGCGCCCAGUUCUCAACCUCGCAGUCAAUAAAAUAGAAAUGAUAGGUUCAUUUGAACAGGUUUAUAUGGAUAUAGCAAUAGUACAGGAAGAGUUGCAUGAGGGUGUGACCACCCACAUGGAGUUGAAACCAACAGCCAUGCUUAGUGCCAUUGCUAGCAUGACUCCAUACUCAGACUUCAACCAGAGCCCGAGGAACAUGUACCAGUGUCAGAUGGGUAAGCAGACUAUGGGAACGCCUGUUCAUGCCUUUCAACAUCGCACGGACAACAAACUUUAUAGGAUACAGACUCCUCAGUCCCCACUUGUUCGCCCUGCCUCUCAUGAUUUCUACAUCAUGGAUGAAUAUCCUCUGGGGACCAACGCCAUUGUGGCUGUCAUCUCUUACACGGGAUAUGAUAUGGAGGACGCAAUGGUUCUAAACAAAGCAUCGUACGAAAGGGGGUUUGCCCAUGGCUCCAUCUACAAAGCACAAUUUGUGAAUCUGGAACCGAAAUCCCAAGAUCGUACAUCAUCUUCUAACUUACAGUUCGGAACGCUACCAGAUGACCCCAGAAUCGAUGGUAGACUAGACGCAGAUGGAUUUCCACCGCUAGGUGCCCAUCUCUCCACGGGGGACCCAUAUUACAGUUACAUCGACACUAACACCGGAGAAGCAGUAGUCAAGAAAUAUAGUAACCUGGAAGCGGGCAUCAUAGAUGAUGUCAAGAUUAUUGGAGAUGAGACUGGCAACAAGACUCUCAGUAAAGCUUGCAUCAAGCUACGAAUACAGAGGAAUCCCAUCAUUGGCGACAAGUUUUCCAGUCGUCAUGGACAAAAAGGAAUAUGCAGUCAAAAGUGGCCGGUGGAAAAUAUGCCAUUCUCGGAGUCCGGGAUGACACCCGACAUCAUCUUCAACCCCCACGGUUUUCCGUCUAGAAUGACAAUAGGUAUGAUGAUCGAGAGUAUGGCGGGCAAGUCAGCUGCACUCAACGGCCACGUGUACGAUGCCACACCCUUCACCUUUUCCGAGGAUGACUCGGCAAUCGACUACUUUGGCAAACUUCUCGUCAAAUCUGGUUAUGAUUAUUUUGGCACGGAGCGCUUGUACAGUGGUAUCGACGGUCGUGAAUUCGAGGCAGACAUCUUUAUGGGUGUGGUGUACUACCAGAGACUGCGGCACAUGGUGGCAGACAAAUUCCAGGUCCGAACAACGGGGCCCAUAGACGCACUGACGCAUCAGCCUGUCCAGGGUCGUAAGCGGCAGGGAGGUAUCCGUUUCGGAGAGAUGGAGAGAGAUGCGUUACUCGCUCACGGCACUUCCUUUCUUCUCCAAGAUCGCCUUUUCAACUGCUCCGAUAAAACUAUGGGUCACGUGUGCACACAAUGUGGUAGCCUUCUUUCGCCACUUCUAGACAAGCCUCCAGUCGAGCUGGCAGCGGCGGCCGCCCACUCUGAGCGCCGUUGGUACUGCAAGCCAUGUGAGUCGAGCGAGCACAUUGAACUCCUUGCUUUCCCUUACGUGUUUCGAUACCUCGUAGCCGAACUAGCCGCCAUGAACAUUAAGACUUCGCUCGAGAUAAAGAAGGUCGGAGCCGACAGCUAAGCGUCCAUGGAUGGUUCGCGUAUUUGUAGGGCUGCGUCUUUUGCAUUGAGCAGAAGAUGAUGACAGUGAUAUCGAUAACAUAGCCUGCUUGCCGGCUCUCAUUCGAAGUUAUUCGAACACUCGCGCGCGACAGGGGUUCCAAUUAUUCGAAAACAAAACAUUUGCGAAUAUCGGCGAAUGCGAGCCGGCUAGCGUAGGGUACUGAUAGGAACCAAUGUAUUGUAAAUACAGGAAUAGAGAAAUAAGACAA